UUGGAAUAAACAUAAAAAUGUAUUUAAAAAACAUAUCAUUUAUAAUAAUCUAUCAUAACGUUAAAUUUACCAUUUUUGAAGAUAAAACUUUUUUAAAUAUAUUUUACGACGUAGAUGGUAGCACUGCACGGGAAAAGUUCAUGGUCGAACUGACUACACGAAACAUUCGGAAAUUGUAAUCAAUGGAAAUAUGAUCAUAGGCACGAAACAGCUGUGACCGACACACUCGCGCUUUGAAAACUUUGUAGCACAGCCGAAAUUCAACAGCGAUGCCUCACUAACGGAUAUGUUUUCUACCAAUUCAAUGGGCAUUGAAGAUUCACUUUCUUGGUAUCAAAAGAAAAUAGGCACCUAUGACAAGCAACAAUGGGAGAAAACAAUUGAACAACGCAUUUUGCAUGGCUUGAAUAAUAUUCAGCUGAAGACAGCAAAACCCAAAACUGAUCUGAUUGACUUGGACCUUGUCAGAGGAUCUUCCUUUACAAAAGCAAAACCAAAACAUGGGUUUUGUACAGUUUUUAGACUAUCUAUAUUGAGGAUAGUUUUUCUGCCACUCUACUCAAGAUGGUGGGUGAGACAAACAUCAGGCAAGAUAUUUCUUGCUCUUUUGUUUCUCUAUCUACUACAGUUGUUAAACAUUGGGAUUUAUUCUUAUCACUCAAAAGAUUUGAAUAUUCCAGUGUCGGAAUUCGUCGUUCCAUUGCUAAUGAUCUGGAUAUUUAGUUUUGUACAUUCACAAAUAGUUGCAACUAAUCCUGGCCCAGAUGUAGAGCAUGUUGCAACGGCAGUCAAGAAAAACUACAAGCGUCGCGGUAUACGAAAAUCGCGCAAAACAAAAUCUGAUGGAACAAAGCGUACGCGCGCCUUACGAUCUGAUAAAAAUGUUUUAUUCCAAGAAAACGAAGUGAUAAUACCUAAUAAGACUAAGGGCGAAUCGAUGUUAUCAAGAACUAGAAAUAAAAUUAGAAAUAGACGCGAUAAGAGCAAAGUCGUGGAUGAUGACGGCUUCGAGAGCCUAAACGGUUAUGGUUCCAGUCCCAGUGACAUUGGCGACUUGGAUAAGUCGCCCUUGCAACAAGCUUCAACUUCGAAAAGCUCUGGUAUACGCUGUAAUGAGUGGGUGCAUUCCUUACCUCUAAGACGGAGGCAGUCAGCUCCCGAAAUUAGAUACUCCAGUAUUUACCAGCACCGGACUGAUUCCGACAGUGAUCAAUCAGUUGCCAUCGAGGUGCCUGCUCCACACCUACCGCGCACCGCCUCACAAAAUGACAUUUUCGACCAUUCAAACGGAAUCUUCGUUGGUUUAUCCGCUUGUAAUUUAUUAGCAAGUAAACAACGUUUGGAAAGUACAUGUGAUACAGACGAGGAAGGCGAAUGCGAAACGAUUUCCUCACCGGACACAGUCACAAGUGGACAUGUAGAUCCACAAACCUCCGGGAAUGAAUGGAUACCAAUCGGGUUGACUACAAACAGCGAAGAGUGCAGUUAUAGUUCGGAGCUGUCUGAAUCAGACGGACAGUAUGAUAUUGACGCACCUACUAAUUCUAUUCUAAGUCCAUAUUGUGGGCCAUCCGGGCGGGUGAGUUGCACGAUAUGGGACCGCAAAGAAAUCAAAAAAGCAGACCUUUCUGUAGUGGAGAUCAGUUCUGUGAUUAUCGCACGUGUGGAGACAAUGCCCGGGAAUACGGAUUGUUUCUAUGUGGGCAUGUUUAUUACAACUAUCAUUUCGAUUCUGCCGUUAUUGUGUCGGUUUUGUGAUAAGGCGAUAGAUACAUCUUCAGAGGAUGAACUGCAGGUGACAGUCGUGCAGAUUGGUCAUUUAGUAAUGACAAAAUUUACGGAACCAACUUCGGAGAUUUUUGCGGCAUUUUUUGGGACGUAUUUGGAAAGUUUAAUAAUGCUUAUUGCUGCAAUCGAACGUUUUGUCAUUGGUUUCUUCCUAUUUUUCCUUCUCUCAGUGGCCGAACGCACGUUUAAACAGCGUUUCCUUUACGCCAAAUUAUUCUCACAUCUCACAUCCUCGCGCCGCGCUAGAAAAUCCGACCUUCCACAUUUUCGCCUUAAUAAAGUACGUAACAUUAUAACUUGGUUAUCAGUGCGUUCGUAUCUCAAGAAAAGAGGCCCGCAACGCUCUGUCGAAGUGAUAGUCUCAGCAACCUUUAUUACAACGCUACUUCUCUUAUCCAUCAUUUGCAUGGAGUCACUGAAAGACACAUUCGUCUUAAACUCGCAGUAUAAUCUUGAGAUACUCAUCUGGAGUAUUGGACUUGGAACUCUAAUUCUACGAUUUCUCAUCCUGGGUGUGAAAAUUAAUAAAAAAUAUCGCAACUUGUCGGUGCUCAUCACAGAACAAAUCAAUCUGUACCUGCAGAUUGAACAGAAACCGCAUAAGAAGGAGGAACUUAUGGUGGCAAACAGCGUAUUAAAACUGGCAGCUGAUUUACUCAAGGAACUGGAAAGCCAAUUCAAAAUAUUAGGCCUCUCAGCAAAUCCUGUGCUGUACAAUAUCACAAAAGUGGUGAUAUUAUCGGCUCUUUCAGGAGUAUUAUCCGAGAUCUUGGGCUUCAAGUUGAAGCUACAUAAAAUCAAACUAAAGUAGGGCGAACAAAUAGUGAUUGAAUUCAUAGACUUUUAUCUAAAUGAAACAGAUUAUAUUGAUUUAACAGUAGCUGUUAAAGUUUAGAGAUUAUAAUCUAAUACAAAUUGAAAAUACUUGCUAUAA